CUUCUCUAAAAGUAAUAAAGUAAAAAACGUUUAAAUGUUUGUUAAAUGACUGGCCUCUCAGGCCAGGGUCGGACAAUAAGGGGAUGAAGAACCUUGAAGGUGGACCCAAGAGACAUCCCUGAAAGCAAGGAGGAACUUUUAGGAUGAAGGGCACUCACAGCUAUCUGCCUUAAGGUCGUUCCCAUUUCUCCAUCAACAUGUACCUCCUCUAGGAAGCUCUCCUAGGUUCCUGUCUUAAUCCCUUGUUGUUCCCUUACUUGACCCCCGGAACACUGUUGUCAGGCCUGUGAGUAUAAGAACAGUGAACUCGGGUUUGAGGAGAGGGUUCUUGGUAUUGAGGAGGGGCUGUAGAAGCCUCGUGGCCCCUUCAGAGGUGGCCCAAGGGGAUCCGAGCAGAGGGGGUGUGGCUGUGCCAGUGCCUGCCUGCUACUGGCCUUUGCCCUCUCAGUGUCACUCUCCUACCAGACCCAUCUAUCGGUACCUACUCCAUGCCCAGUCCAAACUCUGGACUUCAAGGAGUCACUCACUGAUCCUGGGGGGUUGGAUGGGGGAGCAGUGUGCCCCUCUGCAAGCCAACCUUGCAGCUGGACUUAGAGCAAGGAUGAACGCAGUAGCCUGUGGAUGCCUGCUUCUCUUUGAGGGUGAGGCUCCGGUGGGGGGACCAGGUCAGACUUGCCAAAGUCUGCAGAGGCAGGACCUGAGGCAGGGUGGGAAGGAGGAGGGAGCUUGGGGACCCUAUGCCAGACCCAAUGCUUGCAACCACCUGAGGUGAGCUCCCUGAGGUGGUUGUCUCAUCCCCUUGGUGAGGCCCAGCCCCAAUCUGCCAGGUGCUGGGGAGCCCACUCUUUGUGGGGGAGCCUCAGGGUUUCAUAGCUCUAGGCCCAGCCUACCCCCAACUUGAGACUCCCAAGUACCCAGGGCUUGAAAAUCUCUGAGACCCAGGAGCAGAUGGACAGAGAAACAUUGAAAGCUAUCCUGCAGACAAUAUUAACCAUGAUGCAUUGGUCCAGCUUCCUUGAGGACAGCAAGCCGACCCAUGUGAGGGCAGACCAUGGGGAUGAGAUGUUCUUUGCCUUUGGAACCUCUUCCUGGAGCAGCCACAGUGUCCGGAACACCAAGGAGCCUCUGGCGGUUACUGAAUAUGGGGUCCUCCAAGGAAAGCAGAUACACGGGAAGAUGCCCAUCAAUGUCUUCCUAGGGGUCUCCUUUUCCAGACCUCCUGUGGGUGCUUGUAGAUUCGCUGCCCCAGAGCUGCCAGAGCCCUGGGAAGGAGUCAGAGAUGCCAUCACCUGUGCCAGACAGGAUUCAAAUCUUUCCCCUUGAUUUUGAAGGCCAGGCUCUUCCCCUGCUCGAUGCAGACCGGUGAGUUGCUGAGUUGCGGGGGGUGGAUGAGAAGCCCAGGCUCAGACUUCUCCUGCAGCCCUGCUCCGUUUUCUCGUUCCGAGACGCUGGCUUCCCCGUCUGCCUGUACGAGUUGGAGCACCAUUAAGAAACUCCGCACUGAUGGGGCAGACCACGGGGACGAUAUCCACGUCAUCUUUGGAUGUCCCUUCCCCAAAGGUGCUAACACUCACCUGACACCCCCACAGGGUGUCUGUCUCCCCACCUUUGUAUUGGGGCCCACCCCUCCAUCUGGAAUGUUCUCCCAAGGGAAAGCCUCAUAGCAUGGAGACAGUAACAGAAGGAGCAGGGUGGGGUGUCAGCACCCCAUGCCCUGUCCCAAAUGCCACAUCCCA